AUGUUAGAAGAAGGAACAAAGCUCUUAAUGGCCAAUGGUCAGAUCAAAGAUGUUGGUAAACUGGAUGUUGGUGAAAUGGUAAUGUGUGAAGAUGGUAGUAGUGCAAAAGUCACUUCAGUCGCUAGGGAUGUACAAACCACUUACCAAAUUUUGCAAAAGACCAAGCAUAGGGCCAAUGAAGGUGAAGCUGCUGAAAAGGACCCUCUACGUCGAGAGAUCCAUCAUAGAUUGGGAUUUCAAUGUUCAGUGGCCCACGAACUGGCCUUAAGAACAUCGAUGAAACCAAGUGUAGAGAACUGCUUCAAAAGAAACCACUUUAAAGUUUGUUGGAAGAACUUGGAAGAUACUUUGACAUUGGAUGGUAGAAUAAUCAAGAUCCCCAAGACACAUCAUAAGGAUUUCCCCAUGACACCCGAAGGUCAACUGGCCGCUAAGGGUUUUCUAGAUGAAAAAGAGAAUAGUACCGGUAGAUUCGCGGAAUACAAUGUUCAGGUUAGAGAUCUGGAUAUCUUGGAAGCUCAAGUUCGCGUAAACAGUUUUUUAAGGUUUAAUCCAUUGUUAGAAGGUAACGGAGUUCUCUCAGAAUUCCUUACAGGUCAAAAGGGUCUUAAUUCGCCCGCAGUCUUAACCAUGGCAUGGUUAUUAGGAUUAUGGAUAGGUGACGGUACGACAAAGGAACCUGAAAUUAGUGUUGAUAGUCAUGAUACGGGUCUUAUGGAAGGUCUUAUCGAGCGCGGCAAAAUUUGGGGACUUUAUCCGGAGUAUAAGGAUGAACAAAUUCCAUUGAGAGCUAAACAUGUUAAAUUGUUUUAUGGAUCUGAAUGUGAUGGACAUCGCAGAAAUCGCCAUUUGAGAAAGAAUAAUCCAUUCUGGAAUUGUGUGGUAAACUUAAAAUUUAAGAGGGAAUUAGAUGGUGAAAAGCAAAUUCCAUCAUUCAUGUGGACUGAAGAUUUGGAAGUCCGUGAAGCAUUUCUAGCAGGACUUAUUGAUUCUGAUGGUUAUGUUUCAAAGAGGAAAAAUCCUUUAGACUCAUUCAAAGUUUCCAUACAAACAGUUUAUCCAUCGAUCAUGGGCGGCAUAGUACACAUCACUAGGUCGCUAGGUAUGCCCGUUACUGUAACGACUAGAUCCGCCAAGACUGCAACUAUUGUUGGUAGGACAGUUAGUUGUCAUUUCACUUAUGAUUGUCAUUUAGCCGGUCGUACACCAAUGCAAAAGGUUUUGUCUUACUGUCGUAGUGGACAUAAAGUGAAAACGGAACCUGAAUAUGUGGAAAGAAGUCCCAUUUAUUUUGGAUUUAAUGAAGAGAAAAGAGGUUCGAAUAAUGUCGUAGGUGUAACUACCAAUUCUGAUAAAAGAAUUUUAUUAGAUAAUAAAAUCGUCAUUCAUGCAUGCGGUGAUCAUUGUAAGGCGGAACAACCAAAAUUAACUACAACUAGAUGUUUAAAAUACUGUAUUGCUUGUCCCCGUAAAGGUGUCAGAUAUUUCUACAGAGACUGGUCAGGUAGGCAUCUGAUAUGUGGACGUUGUUACGGGCGCUAUAAGUUUAGCGGGUACAGAUGUCUUCAUUGUCAAUACGUUCCCGAAUCUCGUGAAAUUAAAAGAGCCAAACUAAGAGGUGAAGAAUUGGGUACUUCGCCUGACGGUACCACAGUUAGCGGGCUAAUAUGUGGUAAAUGUAAUGGAAUUUUAAAAUUUGAUGAAAUAAGAGGACCAAGAAAGGUUACAACGACUACGGAUAUAUCAUCAGAUAUUCCAGCGUCAAAUAUACUAUCAGACAUUUCUGUAACUGUAUAA